CCAGGUUCCGGGUACAAUCCCAGGUUCGCCUCGACUUUGAAACUACAUGUUUAUCAUACAAUAAUGGACUCUGAAGAUAUCCCAGAGCCACGUUUUGAAUUGUACCAAACAAAGCCAAUGCUUUAUCGUGAUCACAAUUUGCAGACUUUACCACUUGAUUACUCUGGGAAUCAGCUUGAACUUGAAGAAUGUAAGAUUCGAGUAGUUCAAAGUACUCAAAUGCAAAAUAAGCCGGUAUCCUUAUGGACAAAGGAUGAAGUGUGUGAGUGGCUAAGAAGCCAAUAUCCACAACAAAGCUCUAUUUUUAUAGAAGCAAUAUCUGAGCAUGCAGUCUCAGGACGUGCUUUGUUGAGACUCACUGCUGCAAAGUUGAAACAAAUGGGCAUUGCUCAGGAGAGCCAUCGUCAAUCGUUGCUGAAGGAAAUACUGCAGCUACAUAUACAAGAUGAUGUGGAAAGUCUUAUUUCUGCCUUUGCAGAAUGUCAGUGAAAUGAUGUCACCUGCCCCGAGAGCUGACGCAGCUGUCUGAUCAGCAUCUGAUCCACGGAAAACGACUGGCCCGGAUGGAGUCCCUAGCUGUGCACUCAGAUCCUACACAUACCAGCUAGUGGGAGUAUUCACUGACAUAGUUAACCUUUCCUUACUAUGAUCCGAUGUCCCCACCUGCUUCAAGAAGACCACCAUCAUCCUGAUGCCAAAGAAAACUUAGUGUGUUUCAAUGACUACUGUCCAAUGGCUCUGAUCUCAAUAAUUAUGAAGUGCUUCAAGAGGUUAGUUAUGUUUCACAUCAAUUCUAGCCUUCCAGCCUGCCUUGAUCUCUUGCAACUCAACUCCUGUCACAACAGGUCCAUGGCAGAUUCCAUCACCUUGGUCCUACACUCAUUCUUGGAACAUCCCAUAACAAGGAUACUUACAUUAGGCUCCUAUUCACUGACUACAGCUUCACCUUCAACACCAUAAUUCCAACCAAACUAAUCUCGAAACUCCAGGACCGAGGUUUCUGCUCCACCCUCUGCAUCUGGAUCCUCAAUUUCUUGACCCACAGACUGCAAUCAGUGAGAAUAGGCACCACUUCUUCCACAAUAUUCCUCAAUACUGGCACCCUGCAAAAUUGCUUACUUGGCCCCUUACUAUACUCCCUAUACACUCAUGACUGUACAGCCAAGUUUCACCCUAACUCUCCCUAGAAAUUAGCUGAUGACACCACUGUCGUAGACUGGAUCUCAAACAAAAACAAGACAGAAUACAGGAAAAGGUCGAGUACUUAGUGUCAUGGAGUAACGAUAAUGAGCUGUCCCUAAACAUCAGCAAAAUGAAAGUGCUGGUCAUUGACUUCCAGAAGCAAGGUGGAGAGAACACUCCUGUCUACGUCAAUGAUGUUGAGAUGGAGAUGACUGAGAGCGUCAAGUUUCUGGGAGCAAUGAUCAUCAACAAUCUGUCCUGGUCCACCAAUAUUGAUGUUAUAAUUAUGAAAGCACAGCACCGUGUCUACUUCCUCAGGAGGCUAAGGACAUUCAGCAAAUCCUUAAAGACUCUUAGAUCCACCCUAGAAAGCAUUCUCUUGGCAUGCAUCACGGCUUCAUAUGGCAGCUGCUCUGCCUGGAACUGUAAGAAACUACAGAGAGUUAUAAACACAGCCCAGUCCAUCAUACUAGCUAACCUUCCAUCCAUUGACUCCAUCUAUACUUCUCUCUGUCUCAGGAAGGCACCAACAUAAAGACCACUCCCACACCGAUUAUUAUUUUUUUCCAAACUCUUCAGUUGGGCGGAUGACACAAAAGCUUAAACACGUAUUAACAGUUUCAAGAACAGCUUCAUCCCUGCUGGUGUUAGACUUCUGAAUGGACCUCAAAUUUUAAAUGUAAUGUUGAUCUUGCUCUUUACGCACCUGCUCUAUAACCGUAAAAUUGUAAUCCUUGCUCUUUUCGAUUACUAUCAGGUACUUUUGUAUGGUGUGAUCUGCCUGUACUACACAAAACAAAACUUUUCACUGGACGUAGGUAGUUGUGACAAUAAUAAAUUGUAUCAAAUCAAAA